CCAUGUUCCUUCCGCCGCCGCUGCUCUCGGCCAACUCCUCCUCGCCCUCGUUGCCACCAUCCCAAACCCUAGCCCGCCGCGGCGCUCCCCUUCCCCAUCCACCGAAACCCUAGAUCCCCCCUUCCCCAUGGCCUCCGCCGCCGCCGCCGCGGCCCCCGUAUCGGGCCAGGUCGUGCAGCGGUUCCGCGCGCGGCUGCGGGAGGAGGCCGGGGAGGAGCCGGGGGCGGCCGCGGUGGUGGCCGUCUACGACGAGGUCCUCGCCGACCUCACCUUCAACUGCAAGCCCAUCAUCACCGAGCUCACCAUCAUCGCCGACCAGCACGCCGCGCGGGCCGCCAGGGGCAUCGCCGCUGCCAUCUGCGCCCGCAUCUUCGAGGUGCCCGCCGAAUAGACAUUGCCGUCUUUAUAUCUGCUAGAUAGUAUUGUGAAGAACAUAGGACGAGAAUACAUAGUGCAGUUUAAUAUGUAGUGUCUGAUUGUUAGUGAGGUCUGACAUAUGAUGGGCUUUACCGAAUUUGAGAGAAAUGUCAAGAAUUAUAUCAUGUACUAAUUGUGAUCUGAUGCAUUUAUGUUCCACUGCUCAAUGCAUAGUGGACAUGUUGUCCAAUUAUAUUGUAGUCUAAUUGUAUUUUUCCCUUUUACUGAGUUGAGGAGCCAUGUAUCUCGUACAUUUAAGAUUGAUAUUAACCAUGAAGUAUCAUGAUAGUACUGCAGUUUUAUAUUCUAUAUCAGGACAGAAUGACUUUCUACUAAAAUUAUAUGUUUAUCAUCUAUAUCUUGACAUUACUGCAGCACCAAAAUACACCAUGCCUACCUUUGCUUGCUCAGUUAGUGCUCUUGCUCAUUAAUUCAUUGCACUUGAUGCUGCCAGAAGUACUUUGUCCCUGUAACUUAAUCUGGAACUUGAUGCAAGCUAUUUUUCCUAACAAGCUUUUACAAUGGAGUAGAAUUGUCCAGCAUGAUCAUUAUGUUGUACUUCCUACACAACAAGAAGUACUUUGUCCUUGUAAUGUGAAUCUGGAACUGAAUCUCCUGCCACCGUCGAAGUACUUGUUGUUUCCCUGGCUCAGAUUUUGCAUUACAUUUCUUUCAUCUUUGAGUCAAUGUCUUAUCUUGUUUAUGUAUCACCAAAGUUAGCUAAAGAUAAUCUAACUUGAAAAUGGGC